AUGGCGCAGCCGAUGCUAGCUUCGCGGCAGCCGGCAGACUUGACGACCGCAGCAGCGACGGCGGGCGUCGCGGGACCGUCGUCGUCGCACCUCGUGCCCGGCUGCGCCUUUGACGCCGCGCACCCCGUCGCCUCGACGAGCGCUGGCACCACCGCGCACCAUGCGCCGACGACGCACGUCAUCGUCCCGGCGCCGCCGCCAUUCACGGUGCUCAUCGUCGACGACAACGCCAUCAACCGGCGCAUGCUGCAGUUCCCGCUCUCCAAGGCGGGCAUCAGCUGCGUCGAGGCCGCCGACGGGCUCGAGGCGGUGCAGAUGUUUGCGCUGCAUGCGCCCGACCUCGUCCUGAUGGACAUUACGAUGCCCGUCAUGGACGGCUUCCAGGCCAGCUUUGAGAUCCGCCAGCUCGAGCACUUUGCCGCCGCCGAGCAGGACGAGCACAGCGGGUCUUCGAUGGCAGGUAGGGCCCGGCGCAACUGCAGGAUCGUGGCCACGACCAGCCUCCAGUCCGAGGCCGACCUGCGACACGGCCAGGAGGCGGGCAUGGACGACUGGCUCGUCAAGCCCAUCAAGCCGGCCAAGCUCGUCGCCGACGUCAAGGCGUUCCAGCAGAUGCUCGCCGUCGAGGCCGCCAUCCCGAGCUGA